AUGCUCUCCGUUUACAGGCAUCAUAACAUCAUUACCCUCUUAGGUUUUUGUGAUGAGAUGAGCGAGAAGAUCCUUGUGUAUGAUUAUGUGUCUAACAAAAGUCUCGAUUUACAUCUCAACAACAACGAUCUAACUUGGGUUCGACGACUUACAAUAUGCAUUGGGGCUGCUCGUGGACUGGCAUACCUUCACAAUCCUGCUAACACCCAUCAAAGAGUAUUGCACCGAGACAUAAAAAGUUCCAAUGUCUUAUUAGAUGAAAAUUGGAAUGCAAAGAUCGCUGAUUUUGGCUUAUCAAAAUUUGGUCCUGCUAACCAGCAAUACACGUUCAUUGUCUCCAAUAAUGUUGGAGGCACCAUUGGUUAUUGUGAUCCGUUGUAUUUAGAAUCGGGGGUUACUAACAAAGGAGUCAGAUGUUUACUCUUUUGGUGUAGUGUUGUUUGA